CAACACAACGCCCGCGAACUAGCAAAGCACUCUGCUCUGCGAGGGCACUGGUGCUAACUCUACACACCCUGCUCGUGAAACAUGGCUUCUGCAACUUACACAGUUGACAACUUGCUGCAGACACAUGUCAGGUGUAUUUUAGAUGUUGUUGUUAAUGUGUUAGUUGAGGAAAUGACAGAUAUGUUUCGUACAUGCCUGUUAUUGGAGCAGCGUGGUGCUUCCCAUGCGGGUAAUGGGCAAGCUUUUACAGACCCCGCAGACAUCCACGACAGGCUAAGGAGAAGUCUUAAACCUAUACGAAACUCCGGUCCAUCGCCAGGAUGUGAUGAUCAGCUUUCCACAGCAAUGAGGACACCAACACCUAGCAUCAGCAGACGAGCCAGCAAUUAUGUCCUUCCUUCUUGCAGUACAGCUCAGGAUGUUGAGGUGGCCGACUCAGAGAUAAUGGUCGACUCACCUGUUGUAUUUGAAAUGAUUGCUAGUGAAGCCGGUGACUUGUUUCUUGAGCUGACCUCUGGUGAGGAUAAACAGGCGGUGCAACGUGGCCUGCUAGAACAGGAAACACAGGUCUCUCCAACACUGCAUACUCGAACAGAGUAUAAAGCAGAGAUAAAACAGGAAGAGAAACCGACACCUCUGUCAAUAUCAAAGGAACUAGUGUUGCUGUCAGGCUGUGUGGGACAGUCAAGGCUAGCUGACAGCACACCACCCACUGAGGUGAGUGUGAGCUCUCUUGGUACCUUUCCUCUCAAGAUGGAGGUAGCGACCUCACCCAGCAUCCGACGGCUGAAUUAUAGCAGGGGAGCCUACGUAGCUGACACUGUGGAUUCCACUCCACCUCAACCCACCAUCCCAGAUGGUCAUCUCGCCUCGCCUACUGAUUCUGGACAAUCAUUCGACCCAGCAUCAGCAAUUAUCGAGGGGCCGGAGGAGGUCGGGAAGCAUUCAGUCCAGUCCUGGUUAUCAGGGCCCAAGCCAAACACCAGACGAAGAUUAUCUGCCCCAAGAGAUGAAGAGGUGGAGGUGGACACUGAAUCAGUGGUAGGGAGAACAGGGGGAGAUGGAGGAAGCUUACCCCUUCCAUCCGACUGUCUGUCCCCACAGCGUGCUAGCCUCUCCCCACAGCGUGCUAGCCUGUCCCCACAGCGUGCCAGCCCGUCCCCACAGCGCGCUAGCCUGUCUCCAGAGCACGCUAGCUUGUUUCCACAGCGCGCUAGCCUGCCACUGCCUUCCUGCUCUGUGGAGCUGGACCGCCUUCCCCCCCGCUUGAUCCAGAAGCGAAAAACCAUGCACAUCUGCCCUGAAUGUGGCAAGGUCUUCGGUCGGAGCAAGACUCUGUGCAAACACAGACGAUUUCACUCUGGCGAGAAGCCAUUCCACUGCCCGCGGUGCCCUAGUAGGUUCAUCAUGCGCAAGAGCCUGCGGCGCCACCUGCGUCGGCACACGGGCGAGAAGCCGUACGAGUGCCCACAGUGUGGCAAGGCUUUCCGGCUCCGCAAAGGGCUGGAGAAGCACAUGCAGUCCCAUACCGGGACUCGUUCUUUGAAUGCAGCAACUAUGGCAGGUGCUUUGGGAGGAUUGAUGACCCUCAGAAGGCACAUGGGGAGAUGUCAGCAAUGAGUGUGAGUGUGUAUGUGUCGGUGUUUUAUACAUUUAUGUGUGUGUGUGUGUGUGUGUGUUAUACAUAUGUAUAACGUGUCAGCAAUGAGUGUGAGUGUGUCAGUGUUUUAUACAUUUGUGUGUGUGUUUGUGUUAUACAUAUGUAUAACUUUUCCUUAAAACAGUUUUUUUUUUUCAUCUCAGGGAAAAGGCUUAAAAAAAUAAUCCAGAAGUACUUUGUUUUCUGCCCACGUGUUCACCAUUGCAUCAGUCCCUGCCUAACCAAAAGAUUGUUUAGGAAAUUCAUAUGAUUUAUAGUAGUGAUCAGGAUGUAUUGAUUCUAAAAUUGAGCAUGCCAGAUUUUUUUUGUCGUUGUUUAAGAUGUUUACUCUUUUUGUUUGUUUAAACAUGCACAAGCAGUGGAGAGUUUGUUGUUCUGUUCUUCUGUUAU